CCCGUGCGGGCGCCCCAGGCCCCCGAUGCCCAGCUGGAUUUGGGCAGUGUGACCCACGCUGUCACCAUGGCCUCCUCGGAUGGGCUGCAGUACCGGGCUCUCUACGAGUACCAGAAGGACCGGGAAGAGGACCUGGCACUGUGCCCCGGGGAUGUGCUGACCGUCAGCAGGGCCGGGCUGCUCAGCAGCCCCGACUACAAGGACGGGGACGAGCGCAGCCCCCAGGGUUGGCUCCAUGGCCUCAACGAGCGCACCAAGGAGCGUGGAAACUUCCCCGGCACCUACGUGGAGUACCUGGGUCCCACACGCAUCGUCACUGCCACCACCAAGGCCAGGCCGCGGCCCUUGCCCCCACCACCUGCUGGAACCCCCCCACCCUGGGGAACCCACGGGCAGGCAGAGCCCACCGACCACCCCACCCUUCCCGAGCAAGCACUGCCAACAGUGUCCAGACUCAUCGAGGCACUGGAAAAACAAGGUCUCGACAGUGAGAUGCUCUACAGAUCCACAUCUGGGGUGCUGGGAGAUGCUGAGCUGAAGCAGGCACUUCUGGCAGACCCCUCAGCCGUGGACAUGGACCUGUAUGAUGCUCAGACACUGGCAGAGGCCUUGAAGUGGUACCUCCAGGAGCUGCCAGCACCCCUGAUCCCUCCAGCUCUCUACAGCCACCUGGUCCACAUGGCUCAAGAGACCCCAGGCCUGGAGGAGUGUGGCCAGCGAGCCAGAGCCCUGCUGGCCCCCCCGGCCCUGCCGCAGCCCCAGGCCCAGCUCCUGCGCCAGCUCGCCCGGCACUUCUGCCGCCUCAGCCAGGGCGCCCGCAGGAGCCGCCUCUCGCCCCGGCUCCUCGGCGAGCUCUUUGGGGAGCUGCUUCUCCACCCUGCAGCAGCAGCCAGCACUGAGGCAAGCCCUGAGCUCCGUGCAAGGAUCCUGGAGUCCCUGAUCGUGGUCAGCGAGGCAGCAGAGAUGCCAGCAGCCCCAGCUCUUCCUCCAAAACCCCCCAAACCAAUUACUCCAGUCAAUACGAAUGGAAUGAAGGACAAUUCCAGUUUCUCUCUGCAGGAAGCGGAGUGGUACUGGGGAGACAUCUCAAGGGAAGAAGUAAAUGACAAAUUACGAGACAUGCCAGAUGGAACAUUCCUGGUGCGUGAUGCAUCAACCAAGAUGCAGGGAGACUACACUCUGACAUUACGGAAGGGUGGCAACAAUAAACUGAUAAAGAUCUAUCAUCGGGAUGGAAAAUAUGGCUUUUCUGAUCCACUGACAUUUAAUUCAGUUGUGGAACUGAUUAACCACUACCGGAAUGAGUCUCUUGCUCAGUAUAACCCAAAGCUUGAUGUGAAGUUGAUGUAUCCAGUGUCUCGGUACCAGCAGGAUCAGUUGGUGAAAGAAGAUAAUAUAGAUGCAGUAGGUAAAAAGCUUCAAGAAUACCAUGCUCAGUAUCAGGAAAAAAGUAAAGAGUACGACAAAUUGUAUGAAGAAUAUACCAGGACAUCACAGGAAAUUCAGAUGAAGAGGACUGCAAUUGAAGCAUUUAAUGAAACCAUUAAGAUAUUUGAGGAGCAGUGCCACUCGCAGGAGCGAUACAGCAAAGAAUACAUCGAGCGGUUUCGCAGGGAGGGGAAUGACAAAGAGAUCGAACGGAUAAUGAUGAACUAUGAAAAAUUAAAAUCCCGCCUGGGUGAGAUCCAUGAUAGUAAAAUGCGCCUGGAACAGGAUUUGAAGAAACAAGCUCUGGACAACAGGGAGACUGAUAAGAAAAUGAAUAGUAUCAAGCCUGACCUAAUUCAGCUCCGCAAAAUCAGAGAUCAGUAUCUGGUGUGGCUCAAUCAUAAAGGGGUGAGACAGAAGCGAAUAAACGACUGGCUGGGGAUCAAAAAUGAAAAUAUUGAUGACCCAUAUUUUGUGAAUGAAGAAGAUGAAAACCUGCCACAUCAUGAUGAAAAAACUUGGUUUGUAGGGGAUCUCAACCGUAUCCAAGCAGAAGACUUGCUCUGUGGAAAACCUGAUGGAGCAUUUUUAAUUCGAGAGAGUAGCAAGAAAGGAUGUUAUGCUUGUUCUGUGGUAGCUGAUGGAGAAGUGAAACACUGUGUGAUCUACAGCACUCCAAGAGGUUAUGGGUUUGCAGAACCAUAUAACCUGUACAGCACACUGAAGGAUUUGGUUCUUCAUUACCAGCAGACAUCCCUUGUCCAACACAAUGAUUCCCUAAAUGUCAGGCUUGCUUAUCCUGUCUACGCACAGAUGCCCCCCUCUCUCUGCAGAUAAAUUUGGGGGAGGAGGAAAGUGUUGGCUAUCUUGGAUUCUUUUCUACAAUUUUUAUUAGAACUUGGAGGGCAUUCUUUCUCCUUAGACUGCUUGUUUUGCACAAGAAGUGAUUCUGUGAAUGUGAAUCAAAAAGAGGCCUAGCAGCAACAAGAUGACAACUUGGGUGUAGGUGUCCUGGUGCUACCUUAAAAGCUCAGCUGUGCUUUUACACUGAUACUUGUGUUUCCUUAUGAGGGGAAUAAACUCAACACAAUACAUACAAAAAUACUGGAAGCGAAACAUCGAUUUAUGGAGAUAAUUUUUUGCCAGGCACCUUCAGAGGAACUUCUAAUUGGAUUUUGUUUUCUCUUGUUCUUGUAGAGACAAUUUGAAGCCUCUGUUGGAGGCAUCAGUAAUGUCUUUCAGUCUUAAACUCCCAAGAAACUAGGGGGGGAAGCUCUACCACAGCAAUUCUUCUCUGUUAAUUUUAGGAGCUUCACUGCGAUUCAGCCAAACUUCCAAAAGAGGGCUUGUCUUGAGGUAGCAUGGAAUUUGGUGAGAGAAGACCAAAGGAAUUAUGGGAAAGCUUCAGGUUUUUAUUUAAAUGGAAAAACUCUUGUAAAGAAAAGUUGCUUUAUUUUAUUGCCAACAGUAACAAAGUUUUGGGUUCGAUGGCACUACAGGUCUUCACUUAAAGGAAACGUUUAUAACCAAAUUGAACACACCAAAACUUUGUUUGUUGCCAGACUGAGCACUUACGGGAAGGUUGCAUUAGCAUCUGCACAUACUUUCUACACCAAAACUUGAAACAAAUAAAAGGAAAAGCUAAACUUUGUGUGGCUUCAAAACACUAAAUUUGUUUGACCUGAUGUAAUUGCUCACUCUCUUCUUUCUUCACCCCCCCCUUCCUCCCAUUCCUUAGCUUGGGAUUCUGUUUUUUAUUUGUAAUGAUACUGUGCUUCAGAAUGUAAACUAGAAUGAAGCUUGCACUCACCUGUUGUAGUUCUCUUGCUGAACAAUGACAGGCUCUUGUAACACUUGAUUUUGGUAUAGAAGAGGUAGGUGCAAUCAAAUGCUUCUGGAUGGCUUGUUGUACCAAAUGCUUUCAUGAAGUGUAGUCAUUUCCAGUUGUAUAGCAGUGAGCAUGCUAAUUAUAGAUCUCCUCUGGGUUGUUCUUUGCAAGCUAGGUUCUGAACCCUCACACCACUGCAGCCAAGCAAGAUUUUACACUGGUAUAAUCUAAAUUCCCUUGUAGUUAUUUUGGACAUGAUGCAAAACACAAGAAGGGAAGAGAGCUGCACUCAGUUUUUGAUGUCUGGUACCAUCGUUGGCAAGAGCUGCUGUCAAAUACUGGAGUGGGUAGUCCUGGGCUUCAUCAAGUACAGCAGUCAUCCAAUAAAUCCCCUCCCUGGUAAAUAUACAAAGCAGCUUAUUUCCAUUCCUUAAGCUUCUAAAAUGAAAAAGAGCUAAAAUUGGCAAACUGAACUUCUUGGCAUCAAAGCACAACUGGCAAAGUGAUUGUUCAGUGUGCAACCUUGAAAGUUACUUUUGUUCCCAUUACUGGAAGCAGUUCCCUUCCAAUGGGCCCAUUGUGCAGGACAGGAAGCAGACAGUUGUGCAGGUCUGAGAAUGCUCUAGACCUGCUUCUGACCCAGGGGCUUAUUUCCUGUUCAAAUGGGGUUUUGUUCUGUAAUGCCUGGGCAUUAGUGAGUGCCAGGUUUGUUGAUGUUUGAUGUUUAUGCUGGAAGUAUUAUUUCAUUGAAUGUUGGGAAUUUGCAAGCAGGGAAGUGGAGCACUGACAGCCCUUGCAGGAAGGGUAGUCUGGUUGCCUGGCAUGCCUGUGAGAUGUUUCAUUUUGCACUAAUGACCCCGAUGCAUCCCAGGCACUUUCUAAUCAGCCAGAGUGCAAUCUUCAGGUAAAGAAUUCUGUAGAUGACACUUUCCUAAUCAAAUGAAACACUACAAAAUUUACCUAAAACUGGGUGAGAGAAGAAGAAAAUUCAGGCAAGGUGCUAUGUCAAAGUGACCCACAUCUCACGUGUCCCUUCUCUCCCAUUUCCUCUUGGAUAGGAAAAACAAGAUGUAGUCUUUGGUCUUAGUGAAAAUCUCAAAUGGAUUCCUCAGUGGUAUAUGGACAUGGAAAUUUUUCUUUUUAAAGAAACUUGCCCUACAGCUUGGAUAAUCUGCAGUUCUAAUCUGGUAGCUGUAAAGCUGUCAUUCUCACACCUCUCAUCCAUCUAACAUUCCCUUGGUGCUGGGCUGAGUCCAAAUGCUGGAUGAGAGAAAUCAGUUCAAAGGCACAAAUGAUAGCCAGGUGCCUUGUGCCUGUGGAAAAACCUGUGCAAGAGGAGUGUCUGAUUGUUUCCUCUGCCUUUGCAGUCUUGCUGGACUCUCCUCUACUUAGUGUUAAUGUUUGAGGCUGAUAGGGUACAUAUUUCUGAUCCCUGUUUCUGUGACAGGGACAACCUGGCCCAAGUGUUUCACAUCGGCCCCAUUUUUAGAUAGGGCUUGGUUUUAUUUUAAACAAACACAGGUCUGCUUUCAGGCUCAUAAAUCCUGGCACACCCUCACAGCACUGACAGCAGUGGGAUAGCAAAGCAGGACUGUCUGAAGUCUCCCAGUAGUGGAAUCUGACUGAUCCUGUGAGGUCUUGGUCCAGGCUCCAGCCCUGGCUCUGCCAAGGUAAAUACAGUGUAAUUCCAUUGGCGUCUGUGAAGGUAGCUUGGCUUUCUAGUGGUGUGAGUGAGUUGGGCCCCUUGCUCUCUGAGAUCUCUUUGCUAAUCGCAGGUGAUGUAUUUGCUGUGAGUGAUGCACUUGGAGCCAAUAAGCCAUCUUGAAGCUUUCUGUGAAAUUCUGCAUUGCCAAACCUUCAGGUCAGGGCUGUGGGCAGACUCUGCCCAUAUUCCUCAUAUUUGGCUCCGUUCUCCUCAGCAGUCUCUCCGAGGCCUUGUGCCUCUUUGUGUUUGCUUUAGGCACCUGAAGUCCCAGCUGCUACAGUUGGUCCCGUUUGACUCUCACAUGCCAUUGCACAGAUCCUUUUUGCAUUCGUUUUGCACUUGUAGGACAAAUGAAAAUGGGAAUAAAGCUGCCUGACACAUGUAGCCGGUGUGAUCCGUGUGGCAAGGGCUCAGUCCUGCUGUGCUCACUGUGCUCACUGUGCUCAGCCUUAUUCUGUUUGCUCAGUAGCAUUAGACCUGUGAGGAAACCCGUGGCUUCCAGGAGCUGUUCUACACUUGCAUGACUGAGAAAUCAGAAGUGGGCCUGUGAGGUGCAGGAUUAGACCCUAGUUCAAAAAGCAGCUGUUAAGCCUAAAAGAAAUACAGGAAACGUGAACAUAAAGGCAAAACAAAGGAACUCAAGUUCGUUUCAAACAGUAAGAUGUGAGAAGGUUUUUGUUUCAAGAGUCAAAACAUCGGGAGGAAAGAGGGGGAAAUAGUGUCACUGUUGGAGCAGCUGUCUGUUACCAGACUGCGGUUAGAGGAGUACUGAUCUCAUUGACCCAUAUUGUAUUAAAUAUAUAUGUAGAGUUAAAUAACUUUUGCACAGUGUUAAAUGGGGGUGGGGGAAGUUGAAACUCAAAUAUGCACAGUUUCUUCUAAUCUGUUUUGAAAUAUAUUUGCAGGGAUCAGGGGUGAUUCAGUAUUUUGUAUGGUUAUGGAUGGAAAUCAGGUCUACUUCCACAGUUGCCAUUGGCCCCAUUGCAUCAGCCAUGAGUGCCAUGUUUUUGAAGUUAGUAAGUAAUAAAUCUUUUCCCACUAGUUUCUUUAUUGAUUACCAGUAAUAACUCAGAACAGGAUGAACCAACCUAGAAACAGAGAGAUGUCCUGACAGACCCUUCACUAGUGUGUGAAGCACUAAUAUGUGAUCAGUCCCCUUCUGAUACUGGAGUGCUCUAGAUUUGGGCAUUGUAAUUCGUUGGGUUUUUUUAAUUCUCAGAAGCAGUGGACAAGGCAGCUGCUUUGCACCACUGGUAGUUGCAAUCCAGAGUUAUACCCAGUACAGCCCUCUGACUCAUGCCAAAAAUCAAAUGCCCUUUCCACACCCAUCUCUCUUGAUGUGGCAGAUGGUAAAGAAGCUUUCCAUUUAAUGUGAUUGGCCUGAUUCUUUUCUCACUAACACUAGUGUAAGCAAGACUUCCACAACCAAAAACCAUUCCCAGGAAAAGAGCUUGUAUUUAAUCCUACCUGAAUCCAAGUCGCAGCAGGGCAAAAAUCAAAGUUUGUCCUUUGCAAAGCCAGGCAACUGUAAUGGGCACUGUGGAAAUGAACGCUGACACUUAGUGCUGUUUUGGGUAGGACAGGGGAAGGAGGAGGGUCUUGGUUGCCCCAAAUCCUGGGCUCUCUGCAGGCUUGGGUGGCACCAGGUCCAUAACUGAGUGCUGUGGCUGUUUUAAAACAGCAGAAUAGCUAUAGGAGUGUCACACCUGAAGUUUGGAAAAGCCCCUUAUUUGGUACUUGAACAAUCUCACUUCUGUUUUUGAAUGUCUGUUUGUUUUUUAUUUUUGUUACACUAACAGGGAAUAAAAAUCUGAAAUGUUAGUGAGUCUGGUAUGCUUGCUGCAUUGUGCAGACAUGAAACAGGUACUGCUGGUGGGGUAAGAGGCAGGUUCAGAGGGUUUACAAGCAGGUUUACAAAGCACUACAAUGGGUUGGGGGUUGUUUUGUUUAGAUCAUGUUUUAAAUCAGAUUUUCUUACAUGCAAGUUUCCUUGUGUUGAUUUGCAAUCUCUGCUUUUGGAACAACAGAAUCAAAAUAACAUUCCCAAAGAACAAAGAUGCUGUGAGGGGAGGGGGAUUAGGCUUGCUCAAAUUCAGUGUUCAAAGCAGACAGCUUUAAAGAGGGUCAGCUUCCCAAAGCUUCCCUCUGGUUGUCUUUUGCUGGAGCAGUAGACAGACCAUGACAUAGCACCAGCACCUUGAACCCCAAAAGAAAGAGGAGAUGCCAGAGCUGACCCUUCCCUUUGGAAUAAUUGGUUGUGCUCUCCUUAAAUAUGUGUGCAAGCAGAUAGUUAGAGAAGUUUUUAGGAGCUGCUCCUCAUUCUAUAUUGGACAGGAACUUUGCUGAUUCCCUCGUUUCCCCGGGCACAACAUGUGCAGCCAGGAGAAGGGAACCAAGUGACUAGCCCAGAUAAACAUGGGCCUGUUCAUUAAGCAGCUUGGCUAGCAAAGCACUGCGUGAGAAGUAGCUUUGGAUGGGGUCAGAUGAAGUUUGUCCAACAUUUUUGUGAAUCUUGCAUUCUGUGGGCAGAAAUACUUUCCACCAAAUGGGAAGGGGGAAAAAAAAAUCUCUCUUGAAAUCUUUUCAGCUCCUUCCUGUUUGUUCACAGGGGCAGACAGGGAACUUCAGCUCAUUAACCAUUUAGAUGAUGGCAGUGCUUGUAGUGCUGGUCUUUGGGGCUGGCUCCAUACAAUUAGUGCAGAAUUUGCAUAUUUUUUUUUAAUUGCUAUUGGCCUCGACUCACUGUAUUUUAUGACUAGACUCACCAUUUAUUCUAAAAUUUGCCUUUUAAAAAUGUAAUAUGAGGUUCGGAGGCAAAAAAAAAAAAAAGUAAGAACAGGCCCUUACUGAUAAAAAAACAAAAAGACACCUCAUUGAUCAACCUGUAUUAGAAAAAGCAGCUUUAAUUUGAUGCCCCCAUCCACCACCUUCCUUUGGGAUUGCUUCUGUGAGUCCAGCCUUGGCACAUGAGGGGGCUGAGACCCCCUACCCCAGUGUUCAGCAGCACUGUGCCCGGGCACUUGCCAAGAGUGCAUAGCAAGAAGCUUGGGAUUGUCUGUAUAAAUGAGGCCAUCCAAAGAGGAAAAAAGUAUCCAAGGGUGAAUAUCAUGCCCUGUCCCCAUCUCCCCAGGCAUCAGUCUUGUUGCUUCAGGGGAGCUGGAGGAUGCUGGGACCAGCUGGACUCUAUCGGGUGCUGGGGGGGGGGUUAUGUUUGGUUGGUUGGUUGGGGUUUUGGUCUGUUUUGUUUUUGUGAGUGACUUCUACAUCCAGCAAAGAUGUGUUUGAUGAAACCUGUUGAUUUUGUAUAUCUGGCUGUUUAUUGCACCAUGGGAUUGUAGUGGUCUGCAUCAUCUGUGUGCGUGUGCGCGUGCGUGUGUGUAUAUGUACUGUAUGUAUAUAGAUAUAUGUAAAAUAUAUUCAUGUACACAUUUAUAUGCAUUAGCUGUAAGUGGCACUGCCCCUUAAAAAUAAAAACAAAAGUCACUGUUAGCACAUUCUGCCAUGAGUUUAGGCAGAGUUGGGUUUGUUUUUGUCAAAUGAAAAGGAGUUUAUUGUGUUCAUCUUGCGUACGUGCUUCUGAAACGCUGAACUCUGGAUUUCCUUGGGGUGCUACUACUCUAUUUGUAAACUGAACUGAAUUGGGGUGUUACUUACUCUAGGACAAAGCAUUCAACUUUGUCCCAAGCCAAGGUUUAGCAAAAGAAACCCUCUUGCUCUCCUGUGAGAUGCAAUGACCGUUUGCACGUUUCAGUAGCCCCCCAAGGCCUCCUUGUCCAGAGCUGAUGUGCAAUGGGUGGUGUUGGUACGUGUCCCUUUGUGAGUGGACUCUUUGUAUAAGGUGUGGUUCAGUGUAAAGCAUGAGUGGGUGUUUGAUCUUAUAUCGAGGGCUGAAAUAACAGCACACUCCUUUGUACAACCUUUGCAUUAAUGUUUCUGCUUUUCUUUGACUUCUAUUUUCUUUAAGGGAAACUGCAUCUAUUAAGAAACUGCUUCUCCAGAAGCUAUCGAAUUAUUUUGGUUUUCCAGGUGAACUCCAGCAUGUAACUUUGGUACUCUUGUUUGUUAUUUGUGUAAAACCUGUUCUUCUGUCGUUUAUGGUGUAGUCAAAAAAGAAAAAAAAAAAAAAAAAAAAAAAAAGAAAAAAAAGGAAUUAAUGUAGUUUAACUUAAAAAAAAAAAAAAAGAAACAAACUGCUUCAUAAGGAAACCAAUUGUAUGUUAGUGUUUUCAGACAAGUCAUCCUGUAGUUUCUAGCUCAGUAAUGCAGCACUGUACUUGUCACCAGGUGUGUUACAAUUUUGCUGUACUUUCUUUAACUAGAUGGUUGGGCUUUUAAAUCCCAGACACUAAGCAUCCUGGGCCUACUUGCUCUAGAUUUAAAAAAAAAAAAAAAAAAAGAAAAAAAAUGCAAUAAAAAAUUGCAAUAAAGCACAUUGACAUGUAAUGUUUUAGAAGGAUGUACUGACAGCUGUUUCUAAUAAAUUCAGAACUGCAGUGUG